UCCUCGGCCUUGCGCCAGUUUCUUGCUCGCGCUCAAAACGCAUUCAAUCGAAGCUCCCCUCGAAACCCUAAAGGAGCUCGGUCCAUCCAUCCGUCUUUACCCAUGUCCGGUCGCGGCAAGGGAGGCAAGGGCCUGGGCAAGGGCGGAGCAAAGAGGCACCGCAAGGUCCUCCGGGACAACAUCCAGGGCAUCACCAAGCCCGCCAUCCGCCGCCUGGCCCGCCGCGGCGGCGUGAAGCGCAUCAGCGGCCUCAUCUACGAGGAGACCCGCGGGGUCCUCAAGAUCUUCCUCGAGAACGUCAUCCGCGACGCCGUCACCUACACCGAGCACGCCCGCCGCAAGACCGUCACCGCCAUGGACGUCGUCUACGCCCUCAAGAGGCAGGGCCGGACCCUGUACGGCUUCGGCGGGUGAGGGGAUUUUGAGCCAAACGCGUCUGUAAAUUCGGGUUAUGCCCGUUUGUGUUUUGGAGCAGCGAGUUGGUGUUUGCUAGUGGUGUCGAGUUCCAAUUGUUCACUAUCUUCAUUGCAAAGCGUACCUGCCUGGUGCGAUCAUUUAAGUGUUGGGACUGUAUUUUAUGGCUAGUUGAUGUAGUAGUGACUCGUUAGAUGCACUCGGUAGUUCUUCGAAUAUGUCAUCGGUGUUCAAAGUAGAUUGAAUUCCCAGAUUGCCAGCUUCUUGUU